AUGUCUGAUCUUAUGGAUACUACGAGCAAAUAUGAUGAAUUGAGAGGCACCUAUAAAUAUUAUAUCGAUUUAUAUAUUGCGUUGUUUCAUCUAAAAACUGAAAAAGAAGAAGAAUUAAUUUCAAUUUACAAACUGAUCAAAACAGAAUUGAUUGAUUCAACAAAAUAUCUUCCAAAAUAUAUUAUGAGAGAUAUUUUGAGAGUCAUUCUGUAUAAUAAUCGUUAUGCAAAGUCAUAUUUGUUUCUGGCGAAACUAAUUUAUGAUGAUUAUCAUGUUUCAGAGGUCGACAAUAUUCCAUUCAUAUCUAACUAUCUGUUUAAUGAAGAAUAUCAGAUUAAAUUAGAUAAGUCUCAAUAUAUCAGAGAUAAUAUAGAUGGAUUUCUCGAUAUUCAUACAGAAAAUACUAUUUACAGAGCAAUUAUGCUUAAUGAUGUAGAAAAUUUCAUCUUCUUCACCGAAAGAGAAGGAUUUAAUAAGUAUCAAAACCUUCAGAGCUGUUUAUAUCCAUUUUCUAAUUUUGGACAUUCAUUACCUGAAUUAUGUUGUUACCAUGGAGCUGUUGAUUGUUUCAAGCUUUUAAGAACGAAAUUCAACUCAAGAAUAACACCAAAAUGUCUCGAAUUUUCAUUUUUAGGAGGAAAUCAAGAGAUAAUGAGUGAAUGUUUGAAAUAUCAGGAACCAGAUGAAGAAUGCAUGAAGUAUGCAAUUCUUUCACACAACAUUGAUUUUGUUACAUUCUUGAUGAAUGAAUACGAAAUUCAAGUUAGUAUACCUAAGUCGUGUACAGAGGCACUGCGCGCCUCCAUACACCACUUAGCUGUUUUGACACUUUACAAAACUGGUAACGUAUAUUUUACAAUACAACCAUAA